AUGCUCAAGUUUAGCUCUAGAAGAUGUGCGUCCACUUUCCAAAAGGCAGAUGCCAAGCUUGACCAAUUUUACAAGUAUCACGCUACCCAGGCGUCGUUGAGACCGUGGAUUUAUAGACCACGCAAUAGUAACAUGCUUCUAACUUUGGAUUUGAAAGACCCAGAUUCGGAUGCUCCAUUGAAGCCCAGAGCACCAGUGAGACCGCUCAGUCGUAAAACACUCAAUACCUACAUAUGGUCUGCACAAGAGGCUUCACAGCUGCUGGAUCUUCUGCACAAGUGGACGUCAUUGACCACCAGAAAAACUGGGAUCUGGCACUAUUUCACCGCCAGUCAUCUUCAAAACAUUUUGUUCGCAUCGACAUUCAAGCUGGGGAAACUUUCGUCGUUUCUCAAACAUCUGUAUCUGUGGCGUCCCCGUUUCGUGGAGGCUCAGAACGGUGCCAUUUUCGAUGUAGAACAUUUCUUCAACUCCGUGGUGACCUGUCAGCUGCAUAGAAACAACGCCAGAAACCUUUCUGAUGCUGCAACAGCGCAAAAUAAGCUGCUCACCGCAUGGAACCAAGUCACUGACAAAAACAACGAAAGUGGGCUCACCUCCCAUCUGGUCGCCGCCCUUGCCAAACAACAGGGCUUUGCUCCUGACGUGCCUCUUCCAGGACUUCCUGAAGUACCACUUGUUCUCCCCACUGCAGAUGUUAAGCAAUGGUCAAAAGGAAAACUCGCUUCUUUUUUGAGCGAGAACAGAUUCAGAUAUAUCAUGGCCCGCAGUCUACUAGAGUAUGGCAACCUUACUCCGCCUGUUGUUGACUUUGUGGGAAGCUACAAAGCCAUUAUGAAGAAAUUGAAGCGUCCUGACAUUUACGAAGAAUAUGUCGUCAAUGCCAAGACUUUGGCCACUGUACCAACUUCUGUGGCAAACGCCGCUCCUCAUCCAGCUGCUGAAAAGUAA